UCACUUCUCCCCACAACAACAGCACCAUCCCCCUUUUCCUCUUUCAAAUUUUUGCGUAGAUAUUUUUUUUUUUCACCUUUUUCUUUCAAAUUUGGCCACCGCUCAAUAAACACUACACUUGAGAGUUUAGAUCUGAAACCGCUGAAGCCACAGUGAAGAAGAAGAACAACAAUGCCACCUACUGAGGCAGAUUUCGAUCUUAGGCCUUCUUCUCAGGCUUCUACUUUCACCGGCGGAGAGUACGCGUUCGCCGAUGUGGACAAUUUAGAGCAUUGCGCCAAGUAUUUGAACCAAUCCCUCGUCACUUUUGGCUUCCCUGCUUCCCUCGAUCUCUUCGCUAAUGACCCCGUUUCAAUUGCACGGACUUGCAAUUGCAUAUACUUCUUGCUGCAACAGAGGCAGCGUGACGUGGAGUUCAGAGAGUCUGCUAAUGACCAGAGACAGAGAUUAUUAUCCGACAUAUCAAGAUUGGAGGCCAAAGUUGAGAGGCUUGAAGGGCAACUACAAGCCAAAGAUAGAGAGAUAGCUACUAUUACUAGAACGGAAGCUAAAAACACAGCAGCUCUCAAGGCCCAAAUUGAGAAGCUGCAGCAGGAGCGGGAUGAGUUUCAGAGAAUGGUUAUUGGUAAUCAGCAAGUAAAGACUCAACAACUGCAUGAGAUGAAGAAGAAGGAAAAGGAAUACAUAAAGUUGCAGGAGAGGCUAAACCAAGUGUUGAUGGAAAAGAAGAAGGAAUCAAGGUCAGGCAUGGAGAUAAUGAAUCUUCUCCAGAAGGAAGGCCGGCAACGUGGAACAUGGAAUGGGAAGAAGGCUGACAAUGAUUUUUAUAAAAAGAUUGUGGAUGCAUGUGAAGCAAAAAAUCAAGAACUAAUGGCAGAGAAUACCGAUUUAAGAGCAUUAUUGAGAUCAAUGCAGGGGGAUAUGCGUGAUUUCCUAAAUGCUCCUAAUGGACUAGUGAAGGAAUCUAUGACCUCCAGCGAAAGAUCUGACAGUGAUCCGUCGCAAUCUCCAUUGGUUGGGAGGAUGGAUGUAUUUGAUCUUCCUUUUCACAUGGCCAGAGAUCAGAUAGAAGAAAGUCUUCGAACCAAGAUGGCUUCCAUAAAGGAGCGCAUGCAUCAAUUGCAAGAUGCUCAGAAAGGGGCUGAAGUUACUUCAGAGGCUACUGAAAGGGAACUUGAGCUUGAAGCACAACUUGUUGAAGCAAGGAGCAUUAUACAGGAGCAGGCAUCCAUAAUGUCAAAACAUCUUGCCAAGUCUGACAGGCCAAGGGACUCUAUCAUCCCAUCGGCAGCUGAGGCAGUGUGUAACUAACAAAGUUGAGGGCACUUACAUUUGAUGCUUCGCAUGAUAGUUGUUUAUGUACACCUCUAGUGUAUAUGCAGGAACAUCAAGGUUCUAGCAUGUGUAACUGAUCUUGCGGGUCCGUCCUACACUGCCUUGUUUUAUGCCAACAAGCUCUGUAUGGGGGAAUGUUAUUGUAAUUAUUAUGAUGUUGUAAUUAGUCUUGUACUCUUAGGUUGGAACUAUUUCUAGAAGAGAAAAGAUAUUGAUGGCACAACUAACCAAAUUUAGUAGCUUUUAAUAUUGGCAUCUACAUGAUUUCUGCUACUAUUGGCUCUUGAAGCUGUAAGGUAGGCCGCAGUCUUUAAACUUUUUCUGUACAAUUUUUUUAAUAUAAAAGACAUUUUUUUUUAAAA